UUUAUUACAAAUAAUGCAAUACAAUUUCGCGAUUAAGAAGAAAAAGCUCCAAUAGAAUGCCAAAAGUUGUAUCUAAGUCAUUGGUUUGUACAGACACCAAAGAUGAGGAGGAAUAUCAAGGAGAGAAGCCACUGAAUGUGUAUUACUGUAUAUGUGGCCAAAUGUGUCUUAUCCUAGAUUGUCCCAUGGAGAAACUUCCACUCAGACCAAGGGAUGGUUCCAGAGUGAUCGACAGCAGUAAACAUGCUUACAAGCUCACAUGUGAUCCAGAUGAAAUAGUCUACUUGCAGAGACCAAAUGGCAUUGAAAAGCAGUACAGGCAAAAGUGCAAAAGAUGUGGACUGUGGAUAGCGUACCAUCACCAGGGUCGCAGCACGGUCAUGUUUGCCAUUGACGGGGCGCUGAAAACAGACGGAGUAAAGAAAGACGUCUACAGCCAGAUUGCUCAGCCUAAGAAGGUGACCCUGACAAAGCACACAAAAAACAUGGGCAAGUUCAGCUCCGUUACCGUGUCAACCAUGGAGGAUGAGGAGGAAGAGCUGGAAGCUAAAGAGAUAGCUGACUCGUAUGCAGCCAACGCAAAGGUGAUAGAGAAGCAAAUGCUACGGAAGGGAAUGAGCAAACGAAAACUUAUUGAACAGGCUGAACUGGAAGCAAAGAAAAUGCGCCCCAAGGGAACAUUGAUAGACAAGUGAGCAUGGUGAAGCAAUGGAGACUUGUGAACACCUUGUAGAUAUCGAGACUUGUGAACACCAUGGAGAAAUAGAGACUUGUGAACAUUUUCGAGCAAUGGAGACUUGUGAACAUUUUUGAUGGAGAAAUUCAGACUUGUGAACACCUUGGAGCAAUAGAGACUUGUGAAUACCUUGGAGUAAUACAGACUUGUGAACAUCUUUGAUUGAGCAAUUUAGGCUUGUGAACAUUUUGUAUGGAGUUAUAAAGGCUUGUGAACAUUUUUGAUGGAGCAGUGAAGGCUUGUGAACAUCUUUAAUGGAGCAAUAGAGACUUAUGAACAUUUUUAUGCCCCAAAAGGAGGGCAUAUACUGAUCGGACUGUCCGUCCGUCCAUCUGUCUGUCCGUCACACUUUGUGUUUAGGUUUAGAAAAAUGCUCAUAACUUCUAUGUCGCUUCAGAUAGCAAUUUCAUAUUUGGCAUGCAUGUGUAUAUGGACAAGGCUUUUCCAUACGCACACAAAUUUUGACCCCUGUUACCUUGACCUUGAACUUAGGGUCCGCGUUUAGGUUUCGAAAUCUGCGUUGAGGUUUUCAAAAAAGCUCAUAACUUCUAUCAAGCAUUCAUAGGGGGCAUAAGUCAUUCUAUGGUGACAGCUCUUGUUGAUGGAGCAAUAAAGGCUUGUGAACAUCUUGAAGCAAAUGAACCUUGUCAUUAUUUUCCAGUGAGAAAUGGAGACUUGUUAACAUCUACCAUUGACCAAUCAGUAAACACUUGUGUCGUGACUUUUGUAAAGUUAUUUAAAUAAUGGUGAGAGGACAUGCAUUGGAUUUUAUCAAUUUAAGUUAUUUCAUGUACCAAAUGUUAACAGACUUGACAAUGCAGUGCAGAAUGUGCAUUAUACAUGGAAUAUUUUUAACAGUUGCACCGGAAUGUGUGCUUACUAAUAGACGAAAAAAGCCAUCAAUAAGAAAGUGUUUGAUGAUAUGAGAUGUCAAGGUUGUAGCAAAAUUGUAUUGCACAUGAGCAGUUUCAAGGUAACGUUUAUUAACAAAGAAACAGCUUUGGUCAAAACACAUGUUAAAGACAAAAUUUGUUGAUGAGUUAUUUUUGUAUAGAUGUGUGCACAGGAAAAAUGAUUGGUGUUGCACAGUUUCAUCAAAACAUUACGUGAUAAAUUGACAUUCUUUAUUUGGGUCCAUUGAACGUUCCUAUGCUGAGCAUACCAAAGGAUUUCUUGGCAUGUGAACAAUCCAUUCAAUGCUUUUUAUUAUACAAACUUGAAACAAAUUAUUUAAUUGAACAAUAAUGUGAAUUAUCUUAAAUAGCUUUUGAGAAAUUGUUCAAGCCCAAAACAAAUCAUUUGAUACACAUUUUGUUUUCAUCUAUCAUAAACUUUCAAUUAAGGAUUGCUAUAAAACCUGGUUUAGUGCAUUUAGACAAUUUGCUAUUAAGAGACAGUUAGGAAAAUGGGUACUAUAUUUGGUUCCUGUGUCAUGCAUUUAAGAAUUUUUGAACUGAUUGAAACUUUUUUUUAUCAAUUUGUAUUUAAUUGAGUUAAUUUAUUUAAAUAUGUAAGGCCUUUUUGUAAAUAUCUAUGAACCUAAUACUGUGAUAUUGAAAUGUAAAUAAAUCUCGAAAAAAAUC